AUGAUCGCCAGCAUCCUGUGCAUGGUCCUCGGCGGGGUCGCCUCAACUUGGGCGCUGCCGCUCCCUGACAGCGGCGCCAACAGCAUCAGCGAAGAAGACCUGGUGAACAUCGCGCCGAUCACGGCUGCUUGCGAUGGGACCUGGGGAGGAGAAUGCCGACCAGCUUCUGAAGCCGCCCCUGCCAUCUCACAAUCCUUCGUCGACUACGCCGUCAAGACUUUCAAUACCCAAGCAGCACUCGUCGCGCUGAUGCUCUACGAGUCCGCAAACUUCAAAUACGCGAAGAACCACUACCCGGGGAUCCCAGGGCAGGGAACGCGCAAUAUGAUGUCCCCCACCAAUGUGGAGAAGUACGCCGAGUGGCUUGUGACAAACCAGCCGGACAGCGGUAUCACUGCGCAGGAGAUCUCCGAGGCAAAGGCGCAGGGCCCGACUGCUGUUCUCGAUCUUGUCAACGCGACCAACGAGUUGAGUUUUGGAUCUGCGGCUUGGUUUCUUACGACGCAGUGCGAUUCGAGCGUGCGAGCUGCUUUGGACGCUGGUACUGGCUGGGAGCAAUACCUUACGAGCUGCAUCGGCACGACAGCGACCGCUGAGCGCGCAGCGGUCUACGCGAAAGUCAUGGCGCUGAAGCAAUGGUAG